GAAAUACUUCCAUGAAUUAAUUUUUUUUUCAUAUCAAUAAUAUUUAGCAAUGUUUUCAAAAUUACGAAUGAAAGAUUAAUGGUCAAUGCCAACUAAGAUAUCACCAAGGCCAAAGCUGAGCUAGCACCAUCAUCUACCGACACAAAAGUAAUGUAAAAUAACACCUUCCAUUCCUAACUCUACACCGGAAGCAAUCCAUCAUCCUACCGUUCGAAUCCAACGGCGGGCUCUCCCUCAUCUCUCCUGCUAUCCCCCAGUCCGAUCACGUCCGUCCUUUCCUCAGCCAGACAGAGCUACCCCAAUCCUCCAGAUCCGGUCGCCGACACUCCUCCCCUUUCUCCUCUCUCCUCUCCCCCUCUCCAGUUAUAGAGAGAGAGAGAGAGAGAGUGAGAAAAGAGACAGGAUGGUGGAAGGGCACGGGACGACGCGGCGCGGGAGCAACCCCCGGCUGGAGGCCGAUCCGGUCAUCGACAUCCCUCCGACCCCUCCCGGCGACGCCCGCCCCGGCGUCAAGCUCCCCGGCGCCGGCCCCUCAUCAUUCGUCUCCCUCCUCCUCCCAUUGUUCUCGCACACCUCCGAUGCUGCCACGGCCGCGGCCGUCUCCUCCUCCACCGUUUCCACCGCCCUCAUCAUCGGCGCCUGGUACCUCUCCAACAUCGGCGUCCUUCUCUUAAACAAAUACCUCCUCAGCAUCUACGGCUACCGCUACCCGAUAUUCCUCACGACGCUCCACAUGCUCGCCUGCUCCGCCUACAGCGCCGCCGCCGUCCGGUGGCUCCGCCUCGUCCCCCUCCAGCCCGUCUCUUCCCGCCGCCAGCUCCUCAAGAUCGCCGCCCUCAGCGCCAUCUUCUGCUUCUCCGUCGUCUGCGGCAACACCUCCCUCCGCUACCUGCCGGUCUCCUUCAACCAGGCCAUCGGCGCUACCACCCCCUUCUUCACCGCCGUCUUCUCCCUGCUCGUCACCUGCCGCCGCGAGUCCGCCACCGUCUACCUCGCCCUCCUCCCUGUCGUCCUCGGCAUCGUCCUCGCCAGCAACAGCGAGCCCCUCUUCCACCUCUUCGGCUUCCUCGUCUGCGUCGGCUCCACCGCCGGCCGCGCCCUCAAGUCCGUCGUCCAGGGCCUCCUCCUCACCUCCGACGCCGAGCGCCUCAACUCCAUGAACCUCCUCAUGUACAUGGCCCCCAUGGCCGCCGCUAUGCUCCUCCCCCUCUCCCUCUGGUCCGAGGGCGACGUCGCCGCCGCCACUGCCGCUAAGGCCGCCGACGACCCCCGCCUCCUCCUCUUCCUCUUCGCCAAUGCCACCGUCGCCUACCUUGUCAACCUCACCAACUUCCUCGUCACCAAGCACACCAGCGCCCUUACCCUCCAGGUCCUCGGCAACGCCAAGGCCGCCGUCGCCGCCAUCGUCUCCGUCCUCAUCUUCCGCAACCCCGUCACCGUGAUGGGCAUCACCGGCUUCGCCAUCACCAUCAUGGGCGUCGUCCUAUACGGCGAGGCGAAGAAGAGGUCCAAGUCUCCUUCUUCCUCCUCGUAAUUCUCUCAUCCAUCAAUUACCUCCCAUUCCGAUCCCCAACAAUUUUUUUCUUCCUUCAAAUUUUAUUUCUUACCCACAUAAUGCGUUGUUGUCGUUGUUUUCUUGCCAAAAAAAAAAUUUAAUUGGUCUCCAAUUGCAAUAUAUUUGACUGCAUUUUUUUCCUUCA